CGAUAUCAAUUGAACGGUACCUUAAGGUGGAAGUUAGGGCAAGCCUUUAAGUCCGGGCACAACAGUACAUAAAUAUAGAGCGGCUGUCAUCUCGCACAUUCCCAUCCACUACACCUCCACCUUAACCUCUCUCGCUCCAGUGAACCGCAAGCCUCGAACUCUCCAAGCACUCCAACGUAACAAUGGCCGCCAAAAGAAUCGUCUUCAUCACAGGCGCCAACACCGGCUUGGGCUACGAAGCAGUCAAAGCCCUCUACAACUCCCCCAACGCCUACGAAAUCCUUCUCGGCAGCCGCAGCGUCGACAAAGGCGAAACAGCCAUCUCCACGCUGAAAAAAGAGACCGCCCAAAGUGCCAGCUCCCUCUCAACAGUCCAAGUCGACAUCGAAUCCGACGACUCCAUCACCAAAGCCUUUGACGCCAUCGCCGCCAAACACGGCAAACUCGACGUGCUCAUCAACAACGCCGGCGCCAACUUCGAGCGCGACAUCCAGGACGGCAAAUUCAGCCUGCGCGAAGGCUGGAUGAAGUCGUGGAAUGUGAAUGUCGCCGGCACGAAUGUGCUGACUUCCACGUUCGUGCCGCUGCUGCUGAAAUCGCAGGAUCCGUAUUUGCUCUUCAUUACGAGUGGCACGUCGAGUAUGGGCGAGGCGCAGCGCUUCGAUGCCGAUAUUUUCCGCCGCCUCAAUCAGUCUCCCGCUGCGGGGUGGCCGAAGGCGAAGGAGCCCAAUCCUACCAUGUCGUAUCGUAGUACCAAGGCCGGUCUGAAUAUGAUGAUGACGCAGUGGGAGCGGGUGCUGAAGGAGGAUGGCGUGAAGGUGUGGGCGAUUUCGCCGGGCUUCCUGGCUACUGGUUUGGCGGGUAUUGGGGCGGAGAAAUUGAAACAGAUUGGUGCUCAAGACCCGGCAAUCGGCGGCCAAUUCAUUCGGGAUGUUGUCGAGGGGAAGCGAGAGGCGGACAGAGGCAAGGCCAUUAGAUCGGAUAUGAUUCAACCGUGGUAGACGGGCAC